CUGAGGCGUAGUUGGGGAGAUUCCAGAAUAAGUAUUUUGAGUCAUGCAGAACCACGAGUUUUAUAUCUUGUAUAUUUAACUAUAUAUUUUCUUCUCUUUUUCUCUUUUUCUCUUUCUCUCUCUCUUUAUUUUUUUUUCUUCUUCUUUUCUUCUGCAAGAAAUUACACAUAUACAUAAAAAGGAGGAAAUGUCACUUACUUCUCUUCCUUACGAAAUUGUACAUUGUUCUUCAUUUGACGAUGAUUACAGCCCUGAGCAAUUAGCCAAAAGUAGUCCGGGUAAUCAACUAGACUCUAUACCAGUAAAGUGCAAAGGCUGGCAAACACCAAAAUGCCCUGAAUACCCACAGGAUUUGAUCAUUCAUCUAUUAUCCGGCACCGCACGUAUUUCCAAAGUUCAAAUUCUUUCACAUCAUUUCAAAAUCGCUACCAAAAUUGACGUUUACAUUGGUUUAUUAAAAGACGCUAAAGAUAUACUGGAUGACAUUGCACCUGAUACACCUCCCAGUGACGAUGAAGAUAAUAUGUUGAUUGAAUUCACACGAUUAGGUUAUGUUUGUUUUGAUAAUAAUGCACGCGCACAAUUUCGUGCUCGGGAACUCAAGUCAAUAAAAAUCAAUUCGGAUGGUGAAUACGUGCGACUCGUCAUAAGAAACUGUCAUCGUAAUAGACUCAAUACUUUCAACCAAGUCGGUAUUCUCGCAUUAAAUAUUCUAGGUCAACCUUUACAUCUUGUCGAUAAAGCCAAUAUAGUCCCAUCUUCUUCUUCACAGAACCAUAUCGUACGUCAUCCAUUCGACGAUAACAGUAUCCUCAGUACCUCCACAAGAAGAACAAGUGUCUCUAGUAACCAAAGUUCUCUCAACAGACUUUCUUCCGCCAGUGGAUUCGAAAUAGAACUUGGUCAAUGGACUUCCGCUCUCAUUCAUGCCGAAGAAGACGCCGUACGUUCUGAAUUAUAUCAAACCGCAAAAACCUAUAAAUACUUGGGAGAAAAAAUGGAAAAAUUUACAAAAAUUUUGUCAGAUCUGGAGAUUGGAAAACGACAUGCCGUCGAAACAAAAGAUUAUGAUGAAGCAGAGAAAAUUAAGGAUGAUAUCAAAGAGAUCAAACAAGCAGCUCAAACCAUGUUGAAGGGUGCUCAUGUUCAAAUCACAAGUGAAGGAAACGUCAUUCCACUCGAUAUACCAGAAAAUAUACCCCAUAGUCAUAGCCAACAGCAACAGCAGCAGCAGCAGCAGUAUCAGCAACAGCAACAGCAACAGCAGCAACAAUAUGAGCAGCAACAGCAACAACAUGAACAACAAGAAGAAGAACACCAUCAUUAUCAUGUACAGGAAGACACUGUGAUCGGCUCAGAAGAACCCACCAUGAUACCAUCCAUUAUACCCAUCAUUGAAGAUCCUGAAAGUAUACCCGAACCCAUCAUGGACGAAGAACGAGGCCCUUACACCAUUGCCAUUCAAGUGUUUGGAGAAGAUAUCGUUGCUUGUGUACUCAGUAUGAAGGCCAAAUGUAGAACAAGGGGUUUGGGUUUAAUUGAACAACGUAUCGAAUCCGUACAAUCCCUCGCUCGAGACAAUCAAUUGGACGAUCUCUGUACCAUGAUUUAUUUUGAUCAACAAAACCAUGCACCCUAUCACAACAUGAAUGACGAUGAUGAUGACGAUGAAGAGGAGGAAGAUGAAAUGGCCCUUGAUACCGUCACACGAUCCAUCUCCAACUUUAUUAAUGCCACACUCAUGAUGAUCCAAGAAGCCGUGAUGGAUUCAAGAGAGCCCAUUGUCUCUCUCGCCAUCACUACAUGGCAUCACCUCAACGAUUUCUGCAGAGAAACAGGGAUUGACCCACGUUGGACCAUUGAAUGGAUCGAACGUACCUUUUCAGGUCUUUUGAAACGUACAGGAGAUACAAACCUCAAGAUCAAAACUGCUGCCACCCUUCUUAUCUCCGUUUUAGUCCAAUCUUACCCUUCUCCCCCAUUUUCUCUCAUGCCCUUAUUUAUUUGCAAACCAGAACGUUUGAUCCAUAACUACAAGGAAGCCAAAUCCCGUGUAGAAUUGGUAGAAGCCCUCGUCGUGAAAUUAGGGGUUGAAAAAUCCGUCCAUAAUCAGUGUAAAGUGUCUGUCCCCUUACAGGACUUGAUGGCCUUUGUCGUCGCUUACUUAAAUCAUGGUCAUGAUGACGUUCGUCAAGCCGCUGUAAAACUUGUCGUUACCAUUUCUGAACAGAUUGGGUUUAAUAUAGUUAGCUCUUACAUUGACGAAACAUUGCGUGUCUCAUUGGCUGGGACGGUUCAAAAGCUAGUAGAUAAAGGCUCAUUUCAUACACCCGCUCCCAUCUUGACAAACAAGAUUAAAAAGACACCUACGACCAAGGAAACACAAGCAGAAUUACGUAAAGCAGCUGUCCAACCCGAGAGAAAGACGAGAUCAAGUAAUCGAAGUGUGAAAGAAACAACUGACAAGAAGAGUACGAGGACUAAUAAAUCGGGUAGUCGACCUACUACGGCCCGUAGUAAACCUAUCAAAGAGCCUGUCAACGAGAAUGAUGCAUGUAUCUUUUGUGAAGAAGUCAAUGCAGAGUUUAAUGAGGAUACCUUGAUCAAACAUUAUUACAAUACGUGUCCGGUAUUAACCAAUUGCUCCUUAUGCCAAAUUGUAACGGAGAUUUCGACAUUAAAUGAACACAUGUUGGUAGACUGUGAGAGACACCAUUUGGUCAAGGCCUGUCCUAAAUGUAGACAAGCAAUUCCUGUGGAACAAUGGCAUCAACAUACGAUGAAAGGUGGUUGUAAACUCAAGACGGGUGAAUAUGAUGCACGUUGCCCCUUAUGUCUUGUCAAUAUCUUGCCUGCUAAUGAUGCAGGUUGGAAACUCCAUUUAAUGACAGGUGAAGGUUGUACUAAAUUAAAAAGAUCACGUGCUCCCAAGAAGAAGAUGAAAAAAACCAUUUAAUUUUUUUUUUUUUGCUUUUUUUUUUGAUUUUUUUUUUUUCUUUUUUUUUUUUUUUUUUUUUUUUUUUUUUUUUUUUUUUUUU